ACCUUCUCAUCUACAAUGGCCCGUACCAAGCAAACCGCCCGCAAGUCCACUGGUGGCAAAGCCCCCCGUAAGCAACUCGCCGCCAAGUCCGCCGCUCGUAAGACCUCUGCCGCCACCGCGACUGGUGGUGUCAAGAAGCCCCAUCGUUUCCGCCCCGGAACGGUCGCGCUCCGUGAAAUUCGUCGGUACCAAAAGUCGACUGAGCUCCUCAUCCGCAAGUUGCCUUUCCAGCGUCUUGUUCGUGAGAUCGCGCAGGACUUUAAGACCGACCUCCGCUUCCAAUCCUCCGCCGUCAUGGCCCUCCAAGAAGCCGCAGAGGCCUACCUCGUCUCCCUCUUCGAAGACACCAACCUCGCCGCUAUCCACGCCAAGCGCGUCACCAUCCAGCCCAAGGAUCUCGCUCUCGCCCGCAGGCUCCGUGGCGAGCGCUCAUAAGCGUCUUGUCUUGUCUUGUCUUGUCCUUUUUACUCAUACUUCUCUGGAUGGGGCACACGGUGACGGAGUGGUGGGGUGGGGGAUUGUAUGAGACUGUAUUAUCGUAAUUUUAUUGUUUGUUUUGUCUCUGGUCUUCUCUUUUGUCAUCUUUUGAUACACAUACAUUCGAUUCGGUUUUGCCAAUCGUACAUUGAUAUACUCUCGCUUGUGCUUUGUGUAUCAUCUGAGAUGGUUGUGGCGUUU